AUGCGGGCUUUAGCCGCCCGCCCUUGGCUCCUUGUUCUCGCGAUGGCGGCCGUAGGAGAUUCGGCAGGUGCACCGAUUGCCAUCGUCACCGGAGGAAAUACCGGCAUCGGCUAUUACACCGCAGGCCAGCUCGCCUCUGUUGGCUAUGCCGUGGUCAUUGGCUGUCGCAGUGUUGCUCGUGGAGAGGCGGCUGCUGCGGCCCUUACAGAGGCAGGAGGCGACGUCAUCAAUCGACAGCUCGACCUCUCCUCCUUCGCUUCCGUGCUGAAAUUCGCAGAGGCCUUCUGGCCAGACCGCUGA